UUUCCGCCGACCGAAAUCUGUUGUUGAAUGUACCGUUCUGUGCAGGUUCGGGAUGGUACUCAUCAAAGAAUACCAAGUGGUAUUACCAUGUUCAGUAGAAGAGUACCAGGUUGGCCAACUGUACUCAGUUGCAGAGGCCAGUAAGAACAACACUGGAGGGGGAGAAGGGAUCGAAGUCCUUCGAAACGAACCAUACGAGAAAGAAGGGGAAAAGGGCCAGUACACCCACAAAAUCUACCACAUACACAGCAAGGUGCCCAGCUUCAUUCAGAUGUUUGCCCCAGAAGGAGCUCUGGUCUUUCAUGAGAAAGCAUGGAAUGCCUAUCCCUACUGCCGCACCAUUGUUACAAAUGAGUACAUGAAAGAUGACUUUUUCAUUAAGAUUGAGACAUGGCACAAACCAGACAUGGGAACAAGUGAUAAUCCCCACAGUCUGCCCUCUGAGGAGUGGGAGGAGACUGAGGUAGUGCCCAUUGAUAUCGCAGAUCGCUCUCAGGUGGAUGAUGUGGACUAUAAACCAGAAGAGGACCCUGCCCUCUUCCACUCUGAGAAAACUGGUAGGGGACCAUUGGGACCAGGAUGGAAGAAGGAGCUUCACAACAGUAAUUGUCCCUAUAUGACUGCAUACAAGCUAGUGACGGUGCACUUCCGCUGGUGGGGUCUGCAGGGGCGUGUGGAGAACUUUAUUCACAAGCAAGAGAAGAGGCUCUUCACUAAUUUCCAUCGGCAGCUCUUUUGCUGGCUGGACCGCUGGGUGGACCUGACCAUGGACGAUAUCCGCAAGAUGGAGGAGGAGACGCAGCGGGAACUAGACCAGAUGCGCAAUGAGGGAUCAGUGAGAGGAAUGAAGGCAGGAGAUGACUAGAUCAGGAAUGAGCAAGGAAUGCAAAGAAAAACCGGGGCUACCUUUUUGUUUUACCUCCUGCAGUCCUCACAUGGCCAAUCGCAAUGUGCCACCUCACCAAGCCCUUCCAACAGGAAACUGUCAUUUCUUACCCAGGAAGUGUCCAUUAUCAUGUGCGAAAGAGUGUGCAUUUGUGUAUGUGUGCACACGUUUGUAUGUGUGUGUAUAGAAAAUGUGCGCGUGUAUUGGUAUUAAUGCAGUUUGGAUCGGAACCUCAUCAUUUGCUGCCAAAUCUUUGGAGAUUUUACUUAAAGCGUGUUAAGUAAUGUCAGCAUUUUUUUUUAUAAUUAAGUAUUAUAACUUUUUCUCUUUUUUUUAAGUUUUUGGUUCAUUUUGCAACCAUCAGCUUUUUACUGAGUGUGCCAGUGGAGUCCUAAAGACAGCUAAGUUUUACAAAUGGUUUGGGGACGCAUUUCACUAAACAUGAAUUUCAACCAUGAAUACAUAACUAAGUCAUUUACUUGUUACUACACUUAAAAUUGAUUGAGAAAUUCUCAGCGAAAACCUACUGUACGCUACAAGAGAAGGACAUGUAUAAUAAAGAAUGCACAAAUCAUUGAAAAAAAAUUCUAAAGAAUGCCUGUUAUCCUCAUGAAACUCAAAGCACGAUGGACGGAGCUUCUUUUUGGCUCUACACUGAUGGCUUCAUACAGUGUGAGUGCCCUCUGUGCUGGGAGUUGUGUGGAUGAGACUGUUUUUAACUUGACUGCAAGACCCGUGAAGCCUCUCCUACUUUUGACUGACACAUGGCAGGCCACGCCUCCCCACUGGGCUUAGACAGCCCAGAACUUUUGGAGCCAAGUUCGAUUUACAAUAAUGUAACAACAAAAUAAAAAAAAAAACAUAUGAUUAU